UCCAGUGGUAUUAGCCCUUCUUCUUUUCGUGUCAUGUUAACUGUAGUGCUGUCGGUUUGAAUGUCUUGGGUGGUGGAAAUGUAACUUUGUAUUCUUUUCUAUGUUGUUUCCCAUGCCAUUGCCAUGCCGUCGGCCUUUUCUUUUUUUUUUCUUUUCUUUUCAGCCUACUGCCUCCAUUUGAAUUGCAAAUCUAUUGGCAUGAGUUUCUUGAUACUUCGACUCCCUAGUUUUAUAAAGCAACCUCUUUUUCUUUCUAAGUGGUUCGUGCAUUUUGCAGAGAUUGUAGCUAGCUGGGUAAUGGACGGAAACGUUGUGAGAAGGGUCAUUCCGUCGGACAAUUCUUGCCUCUUCAAUGCCGUUGGAUAUGUUAUGGACCAUAACAAAAAUAAAGCUCUUGAGCUUAGACAGGUUAUAGCUGCAACAGUGGCAAGUGAUCCAGUUAAGUACAAUGAAGCAUUCCUUGGAAAGCCGAAUCAAGAAUAUUGUGGAUGGAUUCUUGAUCCGGAGAAGUGGGGAGGUGCCAUCGAGCUUGCAAUAUUGGCCGAUUAUUAUGGACGGGAAAUUGCAGCAUAUGACAUUCAAACCACUCGAUGUGAUAUAUAUGGUCAGGACAAGAAGUACUCUGAAAGAGUGAUGCUUAUCUAUGAUGGUCUCCACUAUGAUGCUUUAGCUAUGUCACCAGUUGCGGAAGCUCCAGAGGAGUUUGAUCAGACCAUAUUUCUAGUCCACAUGGACAGGACAGUUGGGCCUGUUGAGGGGCUUGCUCUUAAUCUUGUUAAGGAUCAGCAAAGGAAGAGAAGCUAUACAGAUACUGCAAACUUCACCUUAAGGUGUGGUGUAUGCCAGAUCGGUGUUAUUGGUCAAAAGGAAGCUGUGGAGCAUGCACAAGCUACUGGGCAUGUCAACUUCCAAGAAUAUAAAUGACACAGAUUUCCAAAGGAACCACUGAUAUACACCUGUGGAGCUCUCUGUUUCGUGACAAAUUUCUUUCAAUUUUCGCGGUAAGGAAAGCUGUUGUAGCUGAAUGGUCUGAAGUCAUGAUUUCAUCACAACUGGAUGUUCUUCGUGUUCGUUAAUACAUUUCAAGGAAACAGUGUGACGAAACAGUGAGUUUUUCCAGAGAGCAAUACGAAAUUCCCACUUGUAUACCAAAAGAAACCUUAGUCCAAGAU